AUGGAGUUGAUGAUGGAAAUGAUGGCGAUUGAGAUGGCGAUGGGAACGCCAACAAUAAAGACAGCAAUAAUGACUGUUUCUUGCAGAUCGCACCAGAUCUUGGAGAUCGAUGAUGACGACGCAAGUGUGGGAGAUGAUGAAGUCGACAGAGCAAUCCGAGAGAAGAAUGAAGAGAUAAGAAAACGAGACGAGCUUGUCCAGCUUCUUCGCUUCAUCGGAUCGGAGAACAUUCUGAAAGAGCAAGAUCUACUUAAAGUGCUUGCAGAAGAUGAUGUAGGAGGUUACUACCAUUACGACUUGAGCAACAAGAUCGUCGCAUACCUGAAAAAGAGGCCUGUCGACCUCGCUGCUCUGGUUCAGAUCAAUUGGAAGGUGAAAUGA